AUGAAUAAUAUAUAUGAAUAUUUUUUUCAGGAAAAAAAUAAAAAUAUACAAUUCUCAAAUGACAAAUUAAAUGAUUUGCUACAAAACAAGAAAACAAUAAAAAUUAGUCCACAAAAAGGUUUUGUCAUAAAAACUUAUGAAAAACAAGGUGGAAAAGUAUACUUCAAUAUAUGUGCAUCUAAUUUAAUUGCUGAAUUUCAUUUAAAAAAAAUUCCCGAUUUAAAUAAUGAAGAAGGAUUGAGAAUACCUUUAAGUAUAGGUGAAGAAAAAAAUAAAGAAGAUAAAAAGGGAAAUAAAUACAAAACAUAUGAUAUUGUUCUUAAUACAAAAAUUGUUAUAGAAAGCAAAAAAAAUUUAGAAUUAAAAAAAAUUAUAGCUGAAUUAGUUCAGGUAGCUGUAAAAAAUAAAUAUAAGACAGAAACUUGUGCAAAUUUGUUUUUUUUUCCUGAACAUAAAUAUAAAGGAAGCAAUCCAGAUGAUCAAUAUAUAAAAGAUGAUCAACAGCAUAAAUUUAAUAUAAUAGAAGAAGGACAUGAAGAUGAAAAUAAGAAGAAUGAUAAAAAUCAUAUUAGAGAAAAUAAGGAAAUUGAAAAUUAUUUAACAAUUAAAAAACCUGAAUGGGAUAUGUGGUUCAUCAAUAAAAAUAUAAUAGAAGAAAAGUAUAAAACAAUGAAUGAAUUUUAUAUACCUUAUAUACGUAAGUUCCCAUUAAAAGAUGUAAUUGACUGUUUUGAUUAUAAACCUCCUUUUUUAAAAUGCAAAAAAAAAAAGGAACAAAAAAAAAAUCAAAUAUUCAAAUCAUUUUUGAAUGAAUAUAAUAUUGAAUUAGAUGAUGAAUUUUUAUCAUAUGAAAAAAUAAUAAAUACAAUAUGUGUUAUUCAAAUCCAACUUCCUUUUUUUCUUCUUGCUGAGCACAAUAAAAAAAAUAAUAACAGUACAUUUGUUAUCUCUCAAUUUGUUAAUCUAUAUAUAUGUGAUGAAUUUUUAAGUGUAUUUUUUAAAAAGUCUCCUUUAUUUCCAUUAGAAUAUAAUCCCCCUUAUAAAAAUUUUAAUAUUCGUUUUCCUUUUUAUUUUGAAUCAUCAAAAGCGAAAUCUCAUUAUCUGGAAAAGUAUCAUCUUUUAAAUAUUAUAAUACCGGUUAGCAAAAGUUGUGCCAGCUCUGUAAUAUUUAAAGACGUAAUUGAGAAUUCUAAGGACAACUCAUCUAAUUACAAUGAUGAAACAAGUGAUAGCUCUAUAUUUUAA